AUGGUUCAAGUUGAGAUGGUUCAGGUUCAGAUGUUUCGGCAUGAUCAAAUCGGGCUAAUAAGUGUUUUGUGUUUCAAAAUGGUAUUCAAGGUGAGCCUGGUUGUGUUCAGCCUAGUUGUUGCCAACUUGAGCUUUGCUACAAAACCGGAUGAAUAUUGGAAGAAUAUGAUGAAGGGUCAAGCUAUGCCAGAAGCAAUUAAGGGCCUUAUUCAGGAUCUGUUGGGAAAAAUAGAUCCACUAUACGUUGUAGGGAAGGACCGUUUUAUUAGGGACUUCGAUAUAAAGCCUAUUGUUAUAUUAUAUGACACACAUGUUAUGUCCUUGAACCAUAACCACAUGUCUUAA